AUGAUAAACGACGAUUUGACCGAUGAUUCUGAUGAGAUUGUUGCUAUUGAAAACUCUACUUCUGAGGAUGACAGCGAUGAGGAUAUUGUGUUGUCGAUGAUCAGUAGAUCCGUCAAAGCAAAACCAAGACCAGAUUUCUCAAAAGGAACCACAAGUCCUCUUGGAAAAGCAGGAUUUAUCCCGAGAAAAAAGUUUGCAAUUGAUGCAGACAAGGAAGCACUGAAUUUUUUUGCCGCCAAUAAUAUAAAUGUCUCCAAAAGUAAUUUCGAAGAAAUCAACUCAAUGCUAGAUGAAAGCUUACUUGAAACUAUUGAGAAAGAGAAUAAAAUAGCCCAACGACAUAAGGAGAAUGAGAACAAAAUUGCAAAAGAAGCGGAAAAAUUGAAACGAAAGAAAGAACUUAACGUGGUAAAAGUUUUUAGAUUACUCAAUGACAUAGUCACAGAAGAAAAACUGUUUAGUGAGACCAAAAAGCACAAUGACAAAAAAUAUCAGAUUGACAAUUCCAUCAAUGAGUUUUUUUUACAAAGUUAUUUGAAAAUCUCCCGCACCCAUUACCUUAAACCGCACGGAAAGUUCUCUGAAUCUUUUAAGGUAUCUCAUGUCAAGCAAAUUUUUGAUAAUAAUAUUGCGUCGAAUAAAGCCAUAGUGAUAAAAGAUAAUAAUAUCCUAAUCCAAAAAAAAGUUUCCACUAUUGGCCUUGCUGAUACAAUCAUAAGCUCAAUAUCACAGUUGGAAGCCUGUCUUAUUAAUCUAGGGAUUGAUAGUGGCUUGGUGCACGAUUUGAAAGGAGAUUUUAAGAUUGAGGAUCAUUUGGUACCAAUGAUUGAUGGGGAAAAUGAUGAUAAGAAGGCUGUCACUAUCGACGAAUUUGGAUUGCCAAUAAAAAAUCAUGAUGAUCUAAAUGAUAUCGAUAAUCUUGAUUUAAAGACUAGUCAAAAAAGUAAAAGGGAUCAUAAAAUGAUUGAGAAACUACGGGUAAGCAAAUUUAAAUCGUCAAUUGAAGUUUUUGUCAAUAAGUUACGCACGCUUUCUAUAAUCUUAACGAGACAAGAGUUUUUUGACCAACAGAUUUUCGACUUGUUAUUGAAAGUUGCUUUCACAUGCUUGUGUGAUGAAAGAGUUAUUUAUUUUAACAAGAUUAAUGACGUCGUCUAUUUAAUUCAAGAAUUGAUUUUCUAUUUGUUCAAGGUUGCCACAGGGGCAUUUUGGAAAUCACAACCUGCAAGUGCAAGUGUUGGACUCGCUAACUCACGACCAUUAGAAAAACCACCAUUAUCUCAGUCAGAUGGUGCAGAAGAUUCUAAAAACCAAACUAUUUUGGCAAAUUUUUUCCUACCAGAGCUUCGGCAUAUUAUUGAUAUUUACUUCUCAGUUACCUCAUCACCUAGAGCAUUUUAUCAAAUGACGCAAGGGUUAUUCACAGUUAUUCCAUUAUAUUCUUUUGAUGGAACUGCUGCUACCAAUGUCUCAUUAUGGUCACAAUUCAAGUUAUUUUUAUCGUUGAUGAUUUUCUGUGAAAACACUUUGAAACUCGAAACUCAAAAUUUGAAGCAAGGCUAUUUCCCUGUAGUUUUUGAGAAUUUGAAGCCCCUUAAAGCAAAGGAAUUUGAAAAAUCAGCAGCUGAUGAUUCGGCGAUACUCGCCGCGCCAGCUUCAAAUGGCAAAUUGCUGAAAAAAUCUGAUGCUUUUAUCAAUCCUGAUUUCCGGGAUCAUGUCAUCUGGUCAAUUGUUAAAGAAUUAAAGUACCUUGAAGAUCACAAACUCAGCCUAUCAUCUUUGGCAUUUGAUGAUGAUUUUGAUAUAGAGGAAGUGAAGGACAUUCUUUCUAGCCGUGGUGAAGGAAAAAAUAAGUUUUUGAAAGAAAUGGAUUCUGGUAAUCCUUCAUCUUACUCAGAUAUGAAGGAAAGAAUUACCGAAGGCAGCGUUUCACCAUAUUGGCUUUUAUGCAAGUUCAUGUGUUUGAGCAACUUACUAAUUGAUUUAUCACUGGAGGCAUCACUUGAUAACCUUAGAAAUGGGCCACUUUCAUCAGAAUUUCAAGAUAAUUCCGAAACCCCACAAUCUGCCAUCACUGCGAAUUCGAAUAAGGAUAUUGAGAGUAAAUUGGAAUUCGAGAGAAUGACGAUUGAUGCCAUUGGUAUUAGUCUCAAUGUGAUAUUUAAUGAUUAUUUGCCACAUCUGAUUCCACAAGAUUUGGAUACCUCCUUGACUUUCUUACAAGUGAAGAAAUUGAUUUUGCACUUGAAGAAUAUCGUUGAAAAUUACAAGAGAUUCUGGGAAUUUGAUACUUUAGAAAUAGGCUACUGA